CUUCACACGUAGUUUUUGGUUCAUAUCGCUAAAAGGUAAUCUUUUGCAGUAAAGCUUACAAAGAAGAAGUUGAAAAAUCUGAACAAUUCUUAAAGGAUAUCUUGAAUUUAGUGGAAGUUGAUGUACCAACUGUAGACGACAAAAACCCCUCUCCUCAAUACGAUGAUGCAUUGAAAAAGUUGGAAAAACGGUUGCAUAUGUUGAAAUCAGAAAUUGUUUCAUUUGAGACGAAAUUAUCAAGUUGCAAGAGCGACGCCGAAGAAAAAAUACCCAGUCUUCGAGAACAACUUGACCGAGAAGUAAAGGCAAGAGAAUUACUACAAGAAGAAGAAAAGUUAAAGUCUGAAGUUCUGGAAAAGACACUGGAAUCCAUCCUUUCAUCUACAGAGCAAUUUGCUACGGAAGACCUGAAGAAUAAAUACCCAGCAGAUGUAUGGGAAAAUACAGAACCAUGGGUACAAAAGAUGAAAUCAUAUUUAGAAAAAAUUGAAGUGGUCAAAUUAAACGAAAAGAACGAAAAGAGUGGCCUUAACUUUAAGCUUCGCACAAUGGAGGGAUUACUGACUGCACUUAAGAAAAACACAAUGACAACCAUUGGUGACGUCAACGCAGAACUUGAGUCAUAUGAUGAGAGUACAAGAAAGUACCUUCAGAAGUGGUAUCAGAAGGUACAAAAGAGGUUGGAGUCUAUGCUGCUUGAAAAGAACAAGAUUCAGUGUGAAAUUGCAAAUUUAAAACACACGCAAACAGAGUUGGAGGAAAACAGAGAUCAACUGCUAAAUAGAUUAAGUCAGGUUGCAGGUGCCAAACUCAAAGAGAACAACCCAAAUAUAACAGAUUUGUCAGAUCCAAACAGACCUUUGAAACUUGCAGAGCAGUUUAGUGAGCUUUAUGAUAAAGAAUGGACCAAUGCUUUAGAAGAGUUAAGUAAAACUGAAAUGGAGGAAAAAUCAGCUAUUGACUUGCUUUUAGAGUUAAUAACGAAAUGCUACCAGUUUUGUUUGAGAGAUUCAGAGCAGAGUUUACAGACGUUUCUUAUGUGUGAAGAUUCGGAUUGGAGAAUUGGUUUGAAUGCCGAUGAACAUCAUCUAUUAUCUGAAACCAGGAAGUCUUUAGCCAAAGUUCACAUUCGACAAAUAAAAGAAAGGUUCCUUAAGGAAAAUAAGAUGAAAAAGAAAUCACAGAAAAAUCUUUCCCACUUUAUUACAAGGUCCUUGGAAUUAUGCUGGUAUAUGGUCAUCCAAAAUCCUCCCAUUCACAUGGAAGUACACUUCCCGACAGACUCGCCUCUCAUCAAAAGUAUUCUAAAGGAAUAUACAAUAAGUGGAGAUACAAUCUCAUAUCUUGUGUGGCCCCCUCUUUAUUUACAUAAAGAUGGGCCUCUUCUUAGCAAAGGUGUUGCUCAACCUCAACCAAAACCAAAGCAAAGGAGGCAAAGACAAUCUACGGACCGCCCGGCAACUGCCCCUAGAUAAAACUUCGUAUAGUGCCCUCUCUAUUGAUAGUAGUGCCAACUUAUGUCCAUUCUGAUUUCAAUGUAAAAAGAGAGGGUGGCAAUUUAACGCAUUUUACCACAAAUGAAAAUUCAGUGAGUUAGUCGUUCAAAAGAGACUACAUAAUUUAUAUGGGUCAAAUUCUGUUUAUACGUCAUGCAUUUUUGCAAGGAAUCAAAAAGUAUUAUUAUGUAUUAUAAAAUCUAUUUCCUUUGAUACACUGUGUUAGGUGCAUUAAACCGCCGAUGACUGUUGUUUUGGUAAUGUUCUGAUACUAUACUGACACGCAAAAGAAACGCAC